AUGGCAAUGGCCAGUCCCUCGCCGCACAAGCCCCGGCGCAAGCCCAAGAAGCCUGGCAAUGGCGCCGACGUGAUCGCGCGAACGCGCUCCGAGGCGCUGGUCCGGACACCCACCUUCCCCCUGUCGGCGUUCCUGUGGCCCGCGCGCAGCUCGUCGUCACAAUGGGAGGUGCUCCCGCUCAUCCUGAUGGUCGUCGGGCUCUUCCGAUGGGCUGCCGGCCUCUGGGGUUACUCUGGCUUCCAACGGCCGCCCAUGUUCGGAGACUACGAAGCACAGCGGCACUGGAUGGAGAUCACCACACACCUCCCGAUUUCGCAAUGGUACUUUCAUGACCUGCAAUGGUGGGGUCUUGACUACCCGCCGCUCACGGCCUACCACAGUUGGGUCAUGGGCAAGAUUGGUGCCCUGAUCGACCCGGCUUGGUUCGCCCUGUUCACGUCUCGCGGCUCCGACGACCCGACCUUGAAGAUCUUCAUGAGGGCAACGGUCAUUGUGUCGGAAUACCUCACCUACAUCCCGGCCGUCGUCGUCUUUGUGCGUCGCUUCAGCCGUCUUAACGGUGUGGCCUCGUGGACUAGCUCUGUCGCCCUGGUCGCGAUUCUGAUGCAGCCGUCUACCAUACUCGUCGACCACGUCCACUUCCAAUACAACACGGUCAUGCUAGGCCUCGUUCUUGCCAGUAUGUCGAGUAUGCUUGCCGACCGAUACUUGUGGGCGGCAGUCUUCUUCGUCGCGGCGCUGGGCUUCAAGCAGAUGGCCCUAUACUAUGCCUUCAGCGUUUUCGCCUACCUCCUAGGGAAAUGUGUCUUUCCCACCAUCAACAUUACCCGGCUGCUCGCUAUUGCUCUCGUCACACUCAUCUCAUUUGCUAUACUUGUGCUCCCCUUGGUCUUGGGGACCCUAUACGACAGACAUCGUGGCCUCGAUCCGCGACCAGAUUUGGAUGGCCCUCCGCCGCCCCUUCCUCUUUUCCCUUUCCUGAAUCAGUACUUCGAUACCCAUACCCAUACCGUUUACUAUGCGGUUGUUCAGCAGAUGGUGCAGAUGGUGCAUAGGAUAUUCCCAUUUUCCAGGGGCCUGUUUGAGGACAAGGUAGCCAACUUCUGGUGCGCCGCCAACGUCGUCUUCAAACUUCGGAAUCUUCCUCCCGCGCUUUUGCAAAAGACGGCGCUUGGAGCAACGCUCGCCGCAAUCAUCCCACCCAACAUCAUCUUGUUCUUGCGACCGCGGAAGACAACAAUGCCGCUCGCCUUUGCGGCAACGGCCUGGGGCUUCUUCCUGUUCAGCUACCAGGUCCACGAGAAGAGUGUCCUUCUGCCCCUGAUGCCGAUGACCCUAUUGCUCUCGGGAAAGCAAGGCAUGAAUGGGAACACUCGAUCCUGGGUCGGGUUUGCGAAUCUGCUGGGUGCUUGGACAAUGUACCCACUGCUGCGUCGCGUGGACCUUCGAGUUCCCUACGCGGUCCUGUCGCUGCUAUGGGCAUAUCUGCUGGGACUUCCUCCCACCUCAUGGAGCGCGCCUUUCGAGGUUCAGGAUGGCCGCUCCAAGAAGAUGCAGUGGGCAACAGCGUUGCUCCACGGGCUGUUCUACGUCACCAUGGGCGUUUGGCACGUUGCUGAUGCAUUCGUCAAACCGCCAGCGAGCAAGCCUGAUCUCUGGGUUGUGGCAAAUGUUGGCGUCGGCGCCGCUGGCUUUGCGCUUUGCUACCUGUGGUGCCUCUGGAGGCUUCUCGUGGAAAGUGGCCUUCUGCCUUCUAGCAAAGUAGCCAAGGCCAAGACGCAAUAG